CACGUAUGACGUACCUUCAUCACCAAGCUAAGCUAGUUACUCCACUUUAUAAACUCAUCCCUACUUUUGCCAACAACAUCAAGAAUUAAGUGACCAAGAAAAGGGAGUGAUUUUCAUAGUAACAUUUUUAAGGCAUGGCUAGUGAUGAAAGUAACACUAAGAGUAGCCCAUAUCCAAUUAAAACAGUGGUGGUGUUGGUGCAAGAGAACAGGUCAUUUGACCACAUACUCGGGUGGAUGAAGCCGCUCAACCCGAAAAUCGAUGGUGUCACGGGUCAGGAAUCGAACCCCUUGGAUACGUCGAACACAAACUCACCAAGGAUCAAUUUCGGGGAUGGAUCCGUGUACGUCGACCCUGACCCUGGUCACUCCAUCCAAGCCAUCUACGAGCAGGUAUUUGGUGAACAAUGGACUCAAGAAUCAGCCCAAAAGAAGAAGGCUCCAACAAUGCAAGGAUUUGUCCAGAAUGCAAACCGGAUUCAAAGUGGGAUGGAUGAGACGGUGAUGAAUGGGUUCAAACCGGAUCUUGUACCCGUUUUCAAGGAGUUAAUGACCCAAUUUGCAGUUUGUGAUAGAUGGUUUGCUUCAGUACCUGCAUCCACACAACCAAAUAGGUUGUAUGUGCACUCAGCAACAUCUCAUGGUUUAACAAGUAAUGAUACUAAGAAACUCAUUGGUGGGUUGCCUCAAAAAACCAUAUUUGAAUCAUUGGAUGAGGCUGGUUUCUCUUUUGGUAUCUAUUAUCAGUAUCCUCCUUCCACUCUCUUCUACAGGAACCUUAGGAGGCUGAAAUACAUAACAAAAUUCCACCAAUUUGACCUAAGUUUCAAGAAGCAUUGCAAGGAAGGGAAGCUACCAAAUUAUGUGGUGAUUGAACAAAGAUAUUUUGACUUGCUAACAUUGCCAGGAAAUGAUGAUCAUCCAUCUCAUGAUGUAUCAAUUGGUCAAAAAUUCAUUAAAGAAGUUUAUGAAGCAUUAAGAUCAAGUGCUCAAUGGAAUGAAAUGUUGUUUAUAAUCACAUAUGAUGAGCAUGGUGGUUUCUUUGAUCAUGUUCCCACACCCGUGGAAGGGGUUCCUAGCCCUGAUGACAUUACUGGUUCUGAACCAUACAACUUUAAAUUUGAUCGACUUGGUGUUAGAGUUCCAACUUUCAUGAUUUCUCCAUGGAUUGAACCUGGAACAGUGUUACAUGAACCUACGGGGCCAUAUUCUACAUCACAAUAUGAACAUUCUUCAAUUCCAGCAACUGUCAAGAAGAUAUUCAACCUCAAAGACUUUUUAACUAAGCGUGAUGCAUGGGCGGGAACUUUUGAAGGUGUGGCUAAUAGGAAGAGUCCAAGAACUGACUGUCCAGUUACUUUGCCAGAGCCAGUUAAACUGAGGGAAGAUCUACCGCUGGAAAACAGGCUAUUGUCUGAUUUCCAGGCAGAGUUGGUGCAAAUGGCAGCUUGCUUAAAUGGCGACCACAAGAAGAAAACUUACCCAGAUACACUAGUAGAGAAGAUGACAGUUAAAGAAGCUGCUGAAUAUGUGCACGAAGCCUGGAAGAUUUUCUUGCAUGAGUGUGAAGAAGCCCGGAAGCGAGGAGAAGACGACUCUGCAAUUGUUGUUGUGGAUGGCAAACAUUCAAAGAAUACUAGCAGAUCAUUAGCAACCAAGUUUUUUUCUUGCAUAGCUUGUAACAACUCAUGAACUCUUCUGGUCUCAGCCAGGACUUUCAGUCUUGAGCUUAUUAUCGAAAAUAGGCCGUAAAGACAUAACAUUAUAUUAAUUUUAGAAAAAGAAUUAUAGAUAAUAAUCAUAUUCACAUUCAUUCCUACAAAAUAGAGCAUUCUAUAAUAAGCAGGUUAGAACAAUGGACUCCAUAUUUUUGGGUCCUCGCUUUAAGACGAGGAGCCAGUAUAUACAAUAGUUUAUAGGUCACUUCGCAUAGCCUCUUAGGUAGGCAUGAUCUCAUUGUUCAUCCUUCUGCAUCCUAGACGAAUUCGGAGUAGAUCACUGGAUUCAUAGAAUUGAUCUCUCUGUUAUGUAAAGUAUUAUAUGUAUAUAUAUUUCAGUUUUCUGUUCC